GUCCAAACGGGUUGUUGCAUCCUUCUUUCAGUGAGAUUGCCUCGGCAGUAUUUUGACUGCAACAAGUUUGUUUUGUCCGCAGCCACGCGCAAAAAAUCAGAAGGCAAGUGGCAAUGAAAUCAACGGUGGUUUUUGUUUUGUUGACGAUACUCGGCUCCUUGUGUCAAGGAAAGCCUGUUGAAAAAAAGAAGGCUGCGAAAUUGAAGGAUAAGCCACAAAAAGACAGCGUGUGUUUUGACAAGGAUGUGAGAUUCUGCAAAAAAUGGGCGCCCCUGGGUUACUGUGCGAAAAGCCAUUCAGUCAUGUCAGGGAAAUGCAAGUUAGCCUGCAAAAUGUGUUCUCCAGGGGAAAUGCUAAUGGAUGACGACAGCAGAUGCAGCAACUGGAAGAGUUCUGAUUUUUGCGCCAAAGCAAAUCAUCAGCCUUAUAUGUUUAAACACUGCAAAUUUAGUUGCAAAGGGUUUGUUGCUUUACCAUCCGUCCCUGAGAAGAAACUUGGUGACACCUUUGGAAUGGGUGGACGAUACGGACAACAGCCAAUGGCUGGAAGGUUUGGUCAACAGCCAUAUGGAAGGCCACCAUAUGGUGCACAACCAAACAUGCAACAACAAUAUGGUCAGUAUGGGCAGCAACCCUACGGACAACAGCCUUAUGGUCAGCAACCCUACGCUCAACAGCCUUAUGGGCAGCAACCCUACGCUCAACAGCCCUAUGGACAGCAACCUUACGGACAACAACCCCAAUAUGGACAAUCAUCAUUUGGUCAGCAGCCAUCGUAUGGCCAACAAGGAAUGAUGCAACAGCCUUGUGGUCAACCUCAAAUGACUACGGAUCCUUGUGCUCCUCCUUGUCCACCUCAGCCACCUUGCGGUCAGCCACCGUGCCCACCACCACAACCACAACCCCCAUGUGGAGGUCCACAGGCGCCUCUGCCUCCCCAGCCACCAGCUCUUCCACCACCACCACCAACGGAAGAAAAAGAGGGAAAAGAGGAGGAAAAAGAAGAAAAGGGAGAGAAAGAAGGAAAGGAAGAGAAAGAAGGAUCGCUGAAGCGGCCACCUCCCGUUGACGCCCGCCGUCCUCCACCUAGGCAGCCAUACCGACCUUACCAGCCUUAUGGAGCUCAAACUCCUUACGGCCGCCCACCAUAUGGACAGCAGCCACCCUAUGGACAGCAACCACCCUAUGGACAGCAACCACCCUAUGGACAGUCGGCAUAUGGACAGGCUGGCUACCAACAACCCUACAAUCCAUACGGUUCAGAUCCCUAUGCCCAGCAACCAUCUCCUUACCAGCAACCUUCUUACCAGCAACAACAAUAUUAUGGACAAAAUAGGCAACCUCAAGCGCCAGUCCAACAAGUUCCUCAGCCCGCACAACCUGCACCUGUUGCUCAGCCUGUCGCACCUGCUGCUCAGCCCGCAGCACCUGUUGCUCAGCCUGCCGCCCCUGCUGCUCAGCCUGCCGCUCCUGUUGCUCAGCCCGCUGCACCCGUCGGUCCGGCGGCUGGACCCGCUGGUCCCGCGGCCCCUGAACCACAAUCUGAUUUCGCGCAACCGGGAGGUCAAACGUAUGUCAUUCAACAUCCUUGGCCAGGAACGGAAGGUCCACUCACUAUCAAGAAGGAAGGUGUAGAGCAAAAGAAAGUAGAGCCGAAAAAAGAUCUCAAGCUGGCUGCUGAUGAAGUAGUAGUGGCAUAAGUUUUUAGACUUUUUAAGGCGAUACACCAACGAAUGACUCAGUUAUGAGUUGCUAAUCGUUUAUGACGCUGUACGCAAAAGUGUUGCGACUUCUCUUUGCAUCUGAUGAAGAAAGAGCUCGAUUAUGGCAUGCGUAUUAAGUUAUUACACUUGAAUAUACAGGAGCCUCAAUGAAUGAUCGGCUGCAUCAUGCUAUAUUCCUAUCAGUCAUUUUUAUUUCUCCUAAAUGGCAAGACGAAUGGUCUUUUGAUUCAAAGACUACUUUUAUCUUUUAAAAAAUAAAUCACCAAGACUGAAGAAUUUUUUUAUUUUUGUUAUGUGCGUUCAACAACCAACAAAAAUGGAGUUCAGUGGCAUUCUUGCACAUUUCGUUAAAUCUUAUGUUUCCACUGUCUCGCUCAAAACAAUUCACCAGACGUAUUUGUCAAUUCAGACGUUGGCUUUUUUUUGUUUUUAAACUCGCAAAAUAGAAU